AUGUUAACAAACAGGUCACCCGAGGGUUAUCGUCUACAACAGAUCACCCGAGGGUUAUCAGUCUACAACAGGUCACCUGAGGGUUAUCGUCUACAUCAAGUCAUCAUUAUCGUCUACAACAGGUCACCCGAGGGUUAUCGUUCUACAACAAGUCACCCGAGGGUUAUCGUCUACAACAGGUUAUCCGAGGGUUAUCGUCUACAACAGGUCACCCGAGGGUUAUCGUCUGACAACGGGUCACCCGAGGGUUAUCGUCUACAACAGGUGACCCGAGGGUUAUCGUCUACAACAGGUCACCCGAGGGUUAUCGUCAACAACAGGUCACCCGAGGGUUAUCGUCAACAACAGAUCACCCGAGGAUUAUCGUCUACAACAGGUCACCUGAGGGUUAUCGUCUACAUCAAGUCAUCAUUAUCGUCUACAACAGGUCACCCGAGGGUUAUCGUCUACAACAAGUCACCCGAGGGUUAUCGUCUACAACAGGUUAUCCGAGGGUUAUCGUCUACAACAGGUCACCCGAGGGUUAUCGUCUACAACAGGUCACCCGAGGGUUAUCGUCUACAACAGGUCACCCGAGGGUUAUCGUCUACAACAGGUUAUCCGAGGGUUAUCGUCUACAACAGGUCACCCGAGGGUUAUCGUCUACAACAGGUUAUCCGAGGGUUAUCGUCUACAACAGGUCACCCGAGGGUUAUCGUCUACAACGGGUCACCCGAGGGUUAUCGUCUACAACAGGUGACCCGAGGGUUAUCGUCUACAACAGGUCACCCGAGGGUUAUCGUCAACAACAGGUCACCCGAGGGUUAUCGUCAACAACAGAUCACCCGAGGAUUAUCGUCUACAACAGGUCACCUGAGGGUUAUCGUCUACAUCAAGUCAUCAUUAUCGUCUACAACAGGUCACCCGAGGGUUAUCGUCUACAACAAGUCACCCGAGGGUUAUCGUCUACAACAGGUUAUCCGAGGGUUAUCGUCUACAACAGGUCACCCGAGGGUUAUCGUCUACAACAGGUCACCCGAGGGUUAUCGUCUACAACAGGUCACCCGAGGGUUAUCGUCUACAACAGGUUAUCCGAGGGUUAUCGUCUACAACAGGUCACCCGAGGGUUAUCGUCUACAACAGGUCAUCCGAAGGUUAAUUACCUAG